AUGAGGCGGUCCGAAGGGGUGGAUUCGCAACGCGCAUGCUCCUGCGGUAGAAGGGUUGAAGUACUUUACAAUGCAAGGAGAGGGAGAACAGCAACAGACGGCAAUAUGCUUUUGAAGGAGGAAGAUUAUAUCGACAACGAGUAUUACACUAUGAAUCGUCAAUUUUUUCGUUUGAUUGGAAUGUGGCAAAGUCAGACGUCGUUUAAGAACAUAAUUUAUAUUUAUUUCAUUCACUUAAUACUAACAUUUGCAUCAAUCGGGCAGAUUCAACUUUUGUUCACGUCAGAAAGAAAUUUAAUGUCGAUCGCCAAAUUACUGGAAACGCUUUUGCCAACACUAUGUUUCAGCUGUUACUAUUGCAAUCUAUUGUUGAAUGAUAGAGUUAUGAAGAAAAUUCUUUUCCGUAUCAAGUCCGAUUGGGAUGACCUAGCAGACAAACCAGAACUAAUGAUAGUGAAGAAAUAUGCUGAAAUUAGCAGAAUUUGUACAAUAAUAAUGACAGUCUGCUUUUAUAUUUAUAUCGUAUUUUUGAUAUAUCCAUCAUUGUUAAGUGUGUUUCGGUAUAUUUCUGGUGAUAUAAGUAAAACGGAAUUAAUAUUACCAAUUCGUGCUGACUAUUUCUUGAAGAACCUAAUGCUUUAUUAUAUCGGACUUAUAAUCCAGUACGUAAUUAUUAUAGUCAUGUGCACGGUAGGAAUUGCUAACUAUUCCAUGUUUAUAGCAAUUGUACAACAUGCAUGUGCACUUUUCUCCAUUGUUCAAUGGAGGGUUAAACAUAAAUACGAAAAACUUCCACAUAAUUCUUAUUAUGUGAAUGUUGAAUGUGAAUUAGCCGAGCAAAACGGAUGGAUAAUCGAUCUCAUAAAAUUCUAUGAUAGCGCGAUCGAAUUUUCAUUUUUGAUUUCUAUCAAGCAUUAUUGUCGUUUACAUUUGUCCUUGUUGAUUAUAUUUACUUAUUUCAGUUAUUGUCUUUUAGCCUUAACCGAAUCGAAGGAAUUGAGAAGCUCUUGUAUAUUGUAUUGCUAUUACGUUAUGACUGGUCCAAUAAUUUCGUGUGGUUUCAAUUUCAUCUUGAAUAUAUGCAUAACGGAUAACUGA